AUGAGCAUCUGUAUGUUUCAGUUCUAAGCUGGUCAUCCCUCACUUGCUAAAGAGUCGCAGCCCUCACAUCCUGAACCUGUCUCCACCACUCAACCUCAACCCAGUGUGGUUCAAGAACCACACAGCGUAUACGAUGGCAAAGUACGGUAUGUCCAUGUGCGUCCUGGGGAUGGCCGAAGAAUUUAGAGGUCAAAUUGCUGUCAACGCCCUCUGGCCCAAAACAGCGAUCCAGACUGCAGCCAUGGACAUGUUGGGUGGGGAGGGAAUUGGCAAACAGUGUCGUACGUCGGACAUCAUGGCAGAUGCCGCUUACGCCAUCCUGUCCCAACCAAAGGACUUCACGGGUCGCUUCGUGGUGGACGAGGACAUCCUCAGAGAGCAGGGCGUCCAAGACUUCGACCAGUACGCAGUCCAGCCAGGUCACCCUCUGCUGCCAGACUUCUUCCUGGACGAAGCACCAGAGGCGCUGGCCCAACAGAUGGAGCAACAUGGGGCGACCCCAGCCUUCAAACCAUCAUCUUCGACCCCGCCCCCCUCCAGUGGACCAAUAGAGAGCACUUUUGAUGUCAUCAGAGGAGUCAUCAAUGAUGACUUGGUCAAGUCGACCCAGGGCAUUUACCAGUUUGACCUGUCAGGAGAACAUGGGGGCGUUUGGUUCCUGGACUUAAAGAGCGGCUCUGGCAGUGCGGGGCAGGGCCAGCCAUCAAUCAAAGCUGAUGUCAUCAUGACAAUGGACUCCAGCGACUUCAGCAAGAUGUUCGCAGGUAAGCUGAAGCCCACAAUGGCCUUCAUGUCUGGAAAGCUGCGGAUUAAAGGAGACAUGACGCUCGCCUUAAAACUGGAGAAACUGAUGGGACGCAUGUACAAGGCUCGUCUGUGAGACUGAAGCCCCGCCCACAGCUCUUAUCAGGCCCCACCCGAUGAUGUUUGUUGCUGUACAUGUUGCCUUGACGACAAAAAUAAUGUCAAUAAAUACAAGACACUAGGAAAGUCUGCGUUGAUAAUAAACUGUGGUUUAAUCGUGACUCUGCUCGUGUGACUGAGAAGUGACCUCAUCAUGACGCCGUAGUAACAAAACUGUGAUGUCAUGAAACAGUGUAGCACCUGACUUAACAUGUUAACACACGUGUCGUGGUUCAUCAUAUCCGUGUAGAAUCCAUCAUGUCACAUGCAGAAACGUGACCAUUAUUAAUACAUAACAAUCUUAUUAAAUAAUAUUAGCUCAGUAGGGACGGAGUCAUUCAUGAAUUUAACGUACGUUGGCAAGUGACUGUCGAGGACGUGAUCGUUGACCUGUUUGCCUAUAAAGUUUGUGUGUUACCUAACAGUUCCCCGCAGAGAGCUCAGACUGUACAGAGCUACCAGGUGUGUGUGUUGUGAACAAUAAACGUGACUUUUGAACUCUUAA